UUCACAAAUUAGAACUGUAUCACUUUCUCUAGAUAAUAUCCUAGAUUCGAUUCUCACCUAGCCCAUCCUUUUCCUCGGCCUACCCCAUAAUAAAAAAGAAAUGCAUACUAUACUAUGAUAUAUUUAUCAUACAUAGUUGGCUAGGAAAAGAGUAGGGACCUUACGAGUGAAAAUAGUACUUGCUCCAACAACAAAACUCGAUUCUCAGAUAUGUUAGACCUUUGCAGCUAUAUAUAAGCCUCACUACCUCCAUACUCUCACAACAACUAAAAAUAUUAAGUUAGCUGAUAUCUCACUUUCACUUCCUAUCACUCUAAGCAGAAACCAAAAACCUGCACAGAUUCUAGCUUCCCCUGAAUCAUACACUCAGCAAACUAAACCCAGGUAGUAAACAACAUGGGGGAAAAUGACACAUUACGCGUCGAAUGUGUGAGUUGCGAGUUGUGUUUCGAACAUUCCAUUUUAAGCAAAUGUGAGCAUUUUAAGAUAGAAAAUAACAAAGACAUAGACAUCAAGGAACCCAUCAAGCCGAGUAGCUCUUUUGUUCAUUCUGUCAUCAACAUGACCGGGAUGAUCAUAGGUCUUGGGCAAUUAUCUACUGCGUAUGGCUUGGAAAACGGAGGUUGGGUAUCCAUCGUCUUGCUUUUAGGACUUGGGACGAUAUGUGCAUACUGUGCUUGCCUACUUGGGAAAUGCCUCGAAAAAAAUUCAGAGUCAAGAAGCUACUCUGACAUUGCACAACUUGCAUUUGGGACAAAGGGAAGACUCGUAGCUACAAUCUUUAUGUACACGGAAAUUUUCAUGGGUCUUGUUUCGUACACAAUUUCACUUCACGACAACUUAAAUACAGUCUUCAAAAAUAUUCCUGUUAAUGUACCGUGUAUGGAAAAAUCGAAGCUAAUAACCAUGACAGCAGUUUUGGUGAUGCUUCCUAGUCUAUGGCUCAGAAACCUUUCUUCUAUCGCAUUUCUAUCAGCAGGCGGAAUAAUUAUGGCAGGGAUCAUUUUUCUCACUGUGGCAAGUACAGCAAUAUCUGGAGCUGUGAAAUCAGACUUUAACAUACCAGUGCUGCACCUACACAACAUUCCUAAGGUAUCUGGGCUUUAUGCCUUUAGUUAUGCAGGGCAUGUUGUUUUUCCGAACCUUUACACAUCUAUGAAAGAUCCCUACAAAUAUAUAAAGGUAGUUCUAGUGAGCUUCACAACAGUCAUGUUGCUUUACACAGCGUUAGCCUUCAUGGGUGCGAAAAUGUUUGGCCCCAGCAUCAACUCUCAAAUCACUCUCAGCAUGCCACAAAAUCUCAUUGCUACAAAAAUCGCCCUUUGGGCAACAGUGCUAACACCAAUGACCAAAUACGCACUCCAGUUUGCCCCACUUGCUAUACAAAUCGAGAACAAUCUUCCUUCUUCCAUGACAUCCAGGACAAAGAAGAUUAUAAGGGGUGGCAUAGGCUCAAUUUUUCUCAUAACUAUACUAACCCUCGCUCUUUCGGUGCCAUAUUUCCAGCAUGUUCUUAGUCUAACUGGCUCACUUGUCAGUGUCAGCAUAUGCAUCAUAAUCCCUUGUACCUUAUACACAAAGAUUUGCCUCGCUGAAAUAUCGAAACCUCACUUGUUGUUCAAUGUGAUUAUUAUCACAAUCGGGUCUAUAAUCUGCAUAACCGGAACUAUAUCAUCUUCAAAGUCGCUCAUCAAUGUUAUUAAUACAGGUAAUCAAUGAGAAUGAGGCCUCUACUUUUAUUUCAGAGAGUCUCGGAUCAGAUGACAAGAACAGAGAAGCUUAGGAGAUAGUGCUAGUAUCUUUAAUAAUUUUCGAUGCAUAGUACGUAUGUGUAUACUUGCUAGAUAUUUGGAAACAUAUCAAAUAAAUAUACUAUGAGAUUUCUGUGACUUUUGAGUCGAGUUUAUUGAUGUAAUGAUGACUGAACCAAAGAUAAAUCUCGAGCAAGUAUCUUACUGUGUGUUUAUCAGAAACAGAAAAAACAAAAAACGGAAGCAACACAACUUCAUUGGAGGUAAACUAACGACAAACUAGACACUUAAGAAACAGAAUGAAGGAAAUACUUUUGGCAAACUAACAUUGCAUUACCCUAAUGCCCGACAACACUAAUUGGCUCCGCCCUAGGCAGGAUAAGGUGGGUACGAUCAAUGCAGCCUUACCCUUGUAAUAACAAACGACACUGCAUUCUAAAGUUCCAGGUGUCCCACAACGCUUAUUCUCACCAAUAACUCGAGGUCAGAAAGCAUGUCACAUAUAUAAGUCCUGUAAAUUGUUGGAAGUAGGAAUUAUAAGAUCGUGUGCCUAUUUGAUAAAGAAAGAAAGAGUAACAAUCCAUAUCAGAAAGCAUGUCAUAUACUACAUAUAAGUCCAGUAACUUAUCAGAAGUAGAAAUUAUUAGAUCAUGUGUCUACUUGCUAAAG